CCCUAGGGGAGACAUGGCGGCAGUGUAGGGGGCGGCUGAAACUGAAGGUAGCAACAGAACGAAAAACUGAGAAGGAAUUUAGGCAGUAAGCGCUGCUGACAGAGACGUUAGGGCCCGUGAGGUCCAUAGAGACUGGUACUUGGAGCCGCUCAAGUUUGCGGUCCUCCCGUCCGCACUGACGUGCUUUGAAGAAGCCGCCUCUCGCCUCCAGAAACUACAAAUCCCGUGAUGCACCGGGCUCGGCUGGCUGGCUGGCUGGAACUCUACGGUCUGGGACUACCCCUCCUAAAACCUGAGAUUUGAUAUCAGGAGAGAACAUAUCACUAAUGAGACUUCAUGAACUACUAUCAUGUCCCAGGUGGGUGGCUGUAGCCAUUAGUCCCAGGGUGUUCUGCCAUGUUGAAGCAAGCUGUGGUUAAGCUUAUUCGGGGGCCUUUGCACCAAGUCUGCUGGACAAAGUGGGGUCGAAGGGAAUUUCGGCUGGAUCAUCUUGUACCUGGGACCCCACUCCACAAAGACAGUGCCCUUUCUGAUAAAAGGAGUAAGCUGCAGAGACAUUUGAAGGAUGGAAAGGAGCUCAGUGAGAAGCAGCUCAUCCAAGCGUCUGCCACCAAUCACUCUGUUGACCAUGGUGUGCCCACUGAUGAGGAAAGCCUGGAUCCACAUCAAUAUUACAAGAUCCGUAGCCAGGCGGUCCAGCAGCUGAAGCUCAACGGAGAUAACCCCUACCCACACACGUUCCAUGUAGACACCUCCCUCACCCACUUUAUCGAGCAGUACAGUUAUUUGCAACCUGGGGACCACCUGACUGAUGUCACCUUGAGAGUGGCAGGUCGUGUUCAUGCAAAACGGUCUGCAGGGAAAAAACUCAUCUUUUAUGAUAUUCGAGGAGAGGGAGUCAAGCUGCAGGUGAAGGCUACAUCCAGGAAUUAUAAAUCAGAAGAAGAAUUUUUUCAUAUAAAUAACAAACUUCGACGGGGAGACAUUAUUGGGGUUCAGGGGAAUCCGGGGAAGACCAAGAAGGGAGAGCUGAGCAUCAUUCCCUAUGAGAUUACACUCCUGUCUCCAUGCCUCCAUAUGUUGCCUCACCUUCAUUAUGGCCUCAAAGACAAGGAGACACGUUAUCGGCAGCGAUACUUGGACUUGAUCCUGAAUGACUUUGUGAGACAGAAGUUCAUCACCCGCUCCAAGAUAAUUACCUACAUAAGGAGCUUCCUAGAUGAGUUGGGUUUCUUGGAGAUUGAAACUCCUAUGAUGAACUUCAUCCCAGGGGGAGCUGUUGCCAAGCCCUUUGUCACCUACCACAAUGAGCUGGACAUGAACUUGUUUAUGCGGAUUGCUCCAGAGCUCUAUCACAAGAUGUUGGUGGUUGGCGGCAUGGACCGGGUUUAUGAAAUUGGACGUCAGUUCAGGAAUGAAGGGAUCGAUCUGACUCACAACCCUGAAUUCACGACCUGUGAGUUCUACAUGGCCUAUGCAGACUACCAGGAUCUCAUGGAGAUCACUGAGAAGCUGGUUUCAGGAAUGGUGAAGAGCAUUACAGGAAGCCACAAGCUCACCUACCACCCAGAGGGCCCAGAGGGCCAGGCCUACGAGAUUGACUUCACCCCCCCCUUCCGGAAGAUCAGCAUAGUGGAAGAGCUGGAGAAGGCCCUUGGCAUGAAGCUUCCCGAGACCAGUCUUUUUGAAACAGAAGAAACUCGUAAGAUUCUUGAUGACAUCUGUGUGGCCAGAGGUGUGGAGUGUCCCCCUCCCCGGACCACAGCAAGGCUUCUUGACAAGCUUGUAGGUGAGUUUCUGGAAGUGACGUGCAUCAACCCUACCUUCAUCUGUGACCACCCACAGAUCAUGAGCCCACUGGCCAAGUGGCAUCGCUCCAAGGAUGGCCUUACUGAGCGCUUUGAGCUCUUUGUGAUGAAGAAGGAAAUAUGCAAUGCCUAUACAGAGCUGAAUGACCCAGUGCGGCAGCGGCAGCUCUUUGAAGAGCAGGCCAAGGCCAAGGCUGCAGGUGAUGAGGAGGCCAUGAUUAUGGACGACAAUUUCUGUACUGCCCUGGAGUAUGGUCUCCCACCAACGGCUGGCUGGGGGAUGGGCAUCGACAGACUCGCUAUGCUUCUUACAGACUCCAGUAAUAUUAAGGAGGUCCUUUUCUUUCCUGCCAUGAAACCAGAAAACAAGAAGAAGAAGCCAGAAGGCCCAUCGAUUGUUCCCUUCAACUAGAGGGUAGCCCAUGUGACUUGACCGUCUUUCCUGACCUUGGAAAGGAAGUCAGGGCCAGAAGGGACCCCAGACCGCCCACUCCCCAGAAAUUGAGCACUUGGGAGGUACCCGCCACAGUGCCAGUACCCGGGGAUACAAGGACAUUUUCCUCCGGGAGAAACUCCACACUCCCACUCUGCGGUCUGAGACGUCACUGAAAUGCUGGGGUGCCCCUGAGAACGGCUCUCUGAGUCUCAUCCACCCAUAAACUCUCUCUGCCUCUUGCUGCCCCACUGCAUGUCCCCCAGUCUUGGAGCGCCUCCGUUCCAGCCGGAUCAGGGCUUUACAGGCACACAUGCUUACUCAGACCCAUGCAGGACCCAGUGCUGGCAGUGAUCAGAAAGUGGCCCUACUGCUUAUAAAGAGCCACGAUGGGGAGUGGAUGCUACCUUUUUGAGAUUCUUUCAAGAAAGCGGAGAACUUCCAACAGGAGAUAGGUCACAGUAGAGAGAUGAUGGGAUUUAGAGCCUAGCUGGGGAUGCCUGAUCUGCUCCUUACAGUGAGGCAGCCUCAGGUAAGGCAUUCUACUCUCUGGGCUUCCCAGUCCUUGAAUGAGAACCGGCAGGAUUGUCCUCAAGCACCUAUUCCAAUGUUGUCUAGAUCAUUUCAACAAAAAGUUCUUGAGCACCACUUUCUUGCCCUGUGCUUGGUGCCAAGGUGGUACAGAAGCCAAGCACAAGGGAAGGAGGUAUAGUCUACUAGGGGACAGAACAGUUUCUGGUAGAGAUGGCCCCUGGGCUGAGCUUGGAAAGAGUCUCAGGAUCUAAGAGGCCGGGUCAGAGGGAGUUCAUCAUAGACUUGGAGAUUCCCUGGGCAAAGACGUGCGGGCAGGUGAUGGAAUGCCAGGUCUGGGGGAACAGACAACAGAAAAGUUUGAUCAACUAGGGUUAGCUACCCAGGAGCAGGAGCGAGGCAUCUCGUUUUAGGUAACAGGGUACAUUCAAACUUUUUUUUCCUCACUGCUGUAUCUGGUAAAUCAGUAGGUGUCAUGACAGGACAACGUUUUAUUCCAUGUUUUAAUAAACUUUGUAUCUGCGA